GCUUGUGCCUGCGCCUGGCGAGCGGUCCGGUCCGCGCUGUCUCCUCCGCCCUGUGCGCCGCAGCCCGCUCGCCUCUACCUCCGAGCCGGCCUGGGGAGUCGCUUUUGCUCCCCCGGAAAGCGUCCUAGGCUACGGGAUCACUUUAAACUCCGAAUAUUCUGAAGUGCAUUGAGGAAACUGAAGCUGUUUUCUUCGUUUUUCCUUUGAAUUCAAUUUGCAAGGGGAAUUUAGACAAAAAUGAUUUUUUCCUCCAGAAUGGAUUAUUUCCCUGUGAUUUUCCCCCUGCUGUUGGUGACUCUCCACGGAGCUGCAGAAACAGUGGUCUCUGGAGCGGAGCUCAGCCUGACAGCAAACAGUGGAGGGGAGAAGACCCCUCCUCACGCCCCCGGGCUGCUGCGCAGGUCCAAGCGCUGCUCCUGCUCCUCCCUGAUGGACAAGGAGUGCGUCUACUUCUGCCACUUGGACAUCAUCUGGGUCAACACUCCCGGGCAUAUUGCUCCUUAUGGACUUGGAGGCCCUUUCAGGUCCAAGCGAUCCUUGAAGGAAUUAUUUCCUACAAAGGCCACAGAGCAUAGGAACAGAUGCCAAUGUGCUAACCAAAAAGACAAGAAGUGCUGGAAUUUUUGCCAAACAGGAAAAGAACUCAGCUCCCAGGACACCAUGCAGAAAGGCUGGGAUAACCACAAGAAAGGAAAAGACUGUUCCAAGCUAGGAAAGAAGUGCAUCUCCCAGCAGCUGGGGAACGGAAAGAAAAUAAGAAGGGUGGAGGCCAUCAGCAACAGGAUCAAACCGUCUUCACCCUUUGCAAAGUUGAAAGCCAUGCUCUGCAAAGAUCGGAAAGUGACCCACAACCGAACACAUUGAUCAUAGUUUCUGGGCCUACCUGAAGCCAUCACCUUCAGAGAAAGAGCCCUGUGGCCAACCAUGCAUGCUUUCCAAGCUGGCUGGGAUCAGAGCAAGAGAACCCUCCCUGCUUCUACUGCAUCUUGUUCCAGAGUGGUAACGGAUCAGAGUCCCUCUUGUAAGCAUCCCCAGAGAGGUGAAGGCAUCCCUCAGCCUGUCUUCCUUUGCUUCCAUUGGUGGUAACUGCUUUUGUCUCUUCUUGCCUUUCGGAUCGACAAUGGAUCUCUCUGAAAGCAGGACACACAAUGCCAUUCGAAUUAGGGUGGCAUCCUCCAGAAGGAGGAAGGAGAUUCCACAGGAGGGCGGAGUUUCUGAAGGGAGUGUUUGCUGCGUCUGACUCAGGCGCCUGGCACAUUUCAGGGAGAAACUCCAAAGUUCAUGCAAACAUUUCCUAAGGAAUGCAUAAAUUGAAAACACACUCGAAAGACAAACACUCGAGUAAAAUAAAAAACAAAAAAAGACUUGGGUUUUUUUAAGUCGUAAAAUGCAAAAUGGAAAGAAACUGUUACUACUGUAAAUCAGGAUGUGAUUCAUGAGUAUGAGUCUACCUCAGCAUUAUUGCACUGUGGUUGGAGGAUUUCCCACCUUUAAUUAUUGCUUUAAUUAUUAUCUUUUUCCUUCUGCCACCAACCCCCUUGGACCCCAUGUUAGCCGCGCAGAAGUCUGUCCCAUAUGUCCAGUAGUAGUGAAAAUAUUUUCAUGCUAAUCUAGUAGCUCUGAUCCAUAAGAAAAAAGAUCAUACAAUCAGGAGCUUCUCUUACCUUGAUUUUUUUGGAAAUAUAAUGGUAUAGGGGCAUUUAUGAAAGAUAUGGAAAAGUAAGUAUUGAUUAUGCUUUAAAGCAGUAAAAUUAUUUUUCUUUAUGUAACCAGCUAAUGGAAGAGGUUGGACUGAAUUUUGAUGUACUUAUUUUUUUAGAGAUAUUUAUAUUCAAACAAUUUAUUCUUUAUAUUUACCAUGUUGAAUAUAUGUCUGGGCAGGCCAUAUUGGUCUAUGUAUUUUUAAAAACAUAUAUAUAUAUAUAUAUAUUUCUGAAUGAAAUCAAGAACAUGCUUUGUUUUGCCUGUCAAGGUAAUGAUUUUAGAAAAUAAAUAUUUUUUUCCUUACUCUA